ACCUCGUUGUUGAGUUUCUUUAUUUACACUUUGUAUGAUAAUAUGAAUAUUUUAACAGAAGUAAAAUUCACCUGCAGGGUGAGCUCGGUUUUAAAUAAAGAAGUCAAGCAAUAUGGAAAACAUUUUAUGUUCGAUACAAAAGCAGAUACUUCUUGGAGUUCCGAUGAGGGAACCCCCCAAUGGAUUACCGUUAGUUUGAAUGAUCCACUAAUUAUCUCAGGUUUCAGUUUUCAAUUUCAAGGAGGUUUCGCUGGCUUGAAAUCGGAAAUGAUCAUGUACUCCGACGAUGGUGCACAAUUACAUAAAGAACCUUUUUAUCCAGAAGACAUCAACUCGCCACAGCAAUUUCAGGUUAAAGAUACUGCCCGGGAAAAAGCUUGCUCAAAGAUAAAAUUUGUAUUCGAGUCCAGUACAGACCUGUUUGGUAGAAUAAUUGUUUAUGAUCUCCAGUUGUUUAACUAGCCCUAAGUAUCUAACUGAAUGUGUACAAAAUAUAUUCUUAUCAAUGUA